UUGUCGAUUCUACACUGCUGGAAGACAAUAUGGUCAAUCUUGUGUAGAAUCCAAAUGCCUGGAAUGGUUAGAAAGAAGGUUAACAUCAAGCUCUUCUGUUGAACAACUAAGGAAUAUGAGUAUUGAUCUGAUGGAGAAAGUGAUUGGAUCUCCAAAUCUUUUUGUCAUGCAAAUAGAAGUUGAUGUGUACAAUCUUGCUAAGAUGUGGAUGUUUUUAAAAGUUGAAACUAGUUGGCAAGGGAGUAAGAAAGACUUGCUUCAAGAUGCAAAUACUUAUUUUCAAUCAAGACAACGCCAUAUCAGUUUUCUAGAGACUGAACAAGGAGCUAAAUAUGUUCGCGUGUUCAAAGGGAUCAAGCUUCAUCAUGUGAUUUGUGACAUCAAAGCUGUGAAGCAACUUGAUGAGGAUAAGAUAAUACCUCAAGAAUGGUUAUCGAGUGUUUAUAAACAACAAUGGAAGCAGAUGUUGUUAGCCUUCCAGGAAUAGAUUGUGGUCCUGGAGAAAAUGUCUCAGAAGAAAUGUUUGAUUUUCUGGCAUUUCGUUGUGGCAGGAUAUUGGAGCAAUGUGCAGUACUGCUGGCGUUGGACUGGUUUCACAUAUGGUGUUGAUAUAAUUGUCACAUAUGACAGUUCGAAACAAAUUUUAGUCUUCAAACGUAACAUGUACACUCAAGCGUGUUCCAGUGCCAUUUGUAUGCAGCUGAAACGAGAUAUAAUGUGUAAAGUACAGGUUGUUGCAUUCAAUAAUGAAGGCAAGCAAACAUUUUACAAAAGUUCUGGUGUAAUUCAUUCCACAUUGGGACCUGACGAAGAGUUAUAUGCUUUGCAUAUCACUGAAGAUAUUCAGUAUCCACUUCAUGUUAGCGCGCAUAUUGCGUUGCUUGGAUCUCCUUCGUCAGAUACAGAUUCCGACAAAUAAUUGUGAUAUAGUGAAGGGAUGAUUGUAGGAUAAAACCCAAAACACACAGGUGACAAUGAACUUUUGAAGUGGAAAAAAGUACUGAAGAAGCAUCGAAAAGCGAAGAACAUUAUGUUUAAGGACACACAUGAAAUAUGAUAGAGAAAAAACAAAAGACACCAUUUUUACGUAUCCUUUCCGCCACUUUUAGCAUAACUACUCAGUUGAAGUAAUUUCGAAAUAAUAGGAUGUCUGUUGACAUAUUUGACAGAUCAAGGACGUAGCAAGAGUGUACACUAUUCAUUACAAAAUAGUGAUAUCACUCUUGUCACAGUAUAGAGAACAUACAGUAGUGCCACUCCAUUGAAUAUUUUCGUACCACGCAUAUCUUAUUGCGCAUGUAAUUACCAUAUUGGCAGCCAGUAAAUGGCAUUGUGUGACCAAGAGGAUUGACGAUAUGGCAAACGGCAACCAGUGAACUGACUUAAUAUACAGCAGCCAGUUGCACAGCGAAGUGGCCCUACUAUAUAUUCCUAUACUGUGCUCUAGUUUUCGUCACUUUUAUCUAAAACCUCGUCUCGUUUAUUUGGUACAUUUUGCCUAGUUAUUUACAAAUGCAACUGUUAAGUGUGAAUAAAACAUACGAUCAAACUAAGUCAAAUAUGAAUAUUAAAUCGUUUAGAUUACCAAGAGAUAUAAUACAGUAAAAAGAUAUUCAUUUUAA